CGUAUAGAGAGAGGAAUGGCGAGAAACGGAGGAAAAGCGAAAUCGGUGAGGAGAGCACUGAGGGACGUAUCUAAUAAUCAUACUAACGGCGACAUUGGUGGUGGAGGAGGAGGAAGAUUCUCGAAAUCUGUUAAGGUGAAUAAAAAAUGGAUCUCGGAGAAGCAAAUCGAGAACCAACAAAGUAUUAUCAUGAAUCAGCAAGAGGAAGCCGGCCGAGGAGAAGAAGAUCAUCUCGAUCGCCUCUUGCUUGUCCAAUCCGAUCUCUCCUGUAUCACUCGCCAGAUUGAUGAACUUGUUGCACAAGCAUUUAAAAUGAAGGCCUCCAGCAAACAGGGAAGAAGAGAAAUUGAAUCCUUUUCUCAUGUCUUGUCUGAUAUGCUUUCAUCUUUAAAGACAUGGGCUCCCAGAUUGGAGAAGGCCUUCUCUACCCCUGCUUCCAAAAGUGAGACUCAGUUGGGGCAGUGUUCGGCAGAUAAAACUGUUUCUGACAUAAAUGAAGAUGAAAACUUUGAGGUUGAUAGUCCAGAGCAAACCAGGAUGAACUCAUUGAUCUCUCCUUCUCCUCUUGUGUCCUGGCGAGCUGACUGUAAUAUUGAGAGAAGUAGACAACUCUUUCUGCUCACACCUCUUCCGAUAUCAAAAACAUUGUCCUCCAAACAUCAGGACUUGUCUAAAUCAGUAUUUGAAAGGAUUGCUUCAAAUCCUGCUGUUGAGUUACCAUCAUUUCUAUCAAUUUCCGGAGAUUUAAAUGAUGAUUUGCUUGAAGGUAUAGCUACAAAGCCAACCCCAAAUAAGCCUUCUGAUUCAGUUGUGGCUGAAGCAAAAAGUACUCUUGAUUCUGAGUGUGUUUCCCCUCCAAUCUUUUCCAAUAGAGAUCACUCUAUCCUUGUUAUGACUCCAUGCUUAAAGAUGUCCCCUCCAAAAUCUUGUGUGUUGCUUGAACCUAUUUCUGAGUCCUCUCAUAAAGGCAAAGCAGUGGUUUGGAAGUCCACCCCAUUUCCUGUUGGAAUUCAUUCGCAGAUUUCUGAAUCCUUCUCUGAUAGUGUAGGUUCUGAAAAUCUGACUUUGAAGUAUCCAGAGCUCAUGGGGAUACAACGGACUUAUAAACCCAGGAUGGGAAAGAAAGAGUUAGAGGCAUCCCCUAAUUGGUUUUUUUCACCUCCUAAAACUUGUGUUCUAUUAGAGCCACCGGAUGAGAAAUCACAGGACACAGUUGCUAACGAUAAUAGUUUAUCAAAAGAAUACAAUGAUCAAGUUGGUUGUCAUGAAAUCAGGAAAAGUUGUAACCAAGAUGGCAGCUUGACAGUGGUAGAAAGCACCCCCAUAUGGAAAGAACCUGCUAGCACAAUGAGAAGAGGGAAGCGUCCAGGUGAGAAUACUCUGAAAAAGGAGCUGUGGACGAAGUUUGAAGCAGCGUCUACUUAUGGGAUUCGUUUAAAUGUCUCUGCAUUGCAAAGAACUGCACAGAAAGGAUUUCUUGACAUGCUUGAUGAAGUAUCUCGAGAUGGGGAAAGUCCACUGGCUGACUGUUUGAGAUGACAAACAUUCUCCUUAAUGUUUGCAAAUCUUGUUGUAUGGUAUACUGGCACAUAUUUUUAGCAGUGGUAAAGAGUCUUGAUAAUCUCUUUGUAUUUUCCAUCAUCAAAGCACAUGUACUUUUGACAUUGGGUUAAUAUUCCAAACAUUGAGAGUGUGCUUUCUCCUCCA